GGCGGAUGCCUCGCGGUGGUGUGAAACCAUGUUUUGCGUCACAUAAACAAAACAGUAUAACUCUUACACGCGCCCCAUACGGUCUUAAAUAUACAACCGUUUGCCGUUAACUAAAGUUAACGUUUAGCUAGAUGUUCUCACGUUAAUUUAGCAUUCCCAAAGAUAGGUAAGUAAUUACCCGGCCGUUGUUUGCCAAAAUAAUAUCCUGACAACGUUACUGGUUUGCCUGGCAUCUAUUUUGUUAUUGGUUUGUAUGAAUUCGCAAGAUAAGUAAAAUGGUUAGAAUGGAGAGAGACCGGGGUUUUAACUUCAAACUGCUGGUACCUCCCAGGGUCAAUAACGGACAGGUAUCGGCUGUGCGACCUCAGGAAAUCGUUGAGAACUGCGGUGAUUUCAUGAAUACACAUCUGCAGGGUUAUAGUAAAGGAUUUGAAAAAGAGCAGAGCAUGCCUUUCCCCAAUACAAGUAUGGUUGCACCAACUAAACCAACCAGACAAGACUUACCGAGAUACCAAGAUACCAAGAUGAAAGUCGUGCCACCAAUGGAAAAAGGAGAGAAUCAUUGCAAACCUGGACAGCUUUAUUCCAAGCUGUUUGAAGAAGUUGAGAAAAUUAAGUGCUGGAAGGUCAAAGUUGACUGUGACACUGUGCAGAAGGAUAGGAGACUCCAAGAAAACAAAAGAACAAUUGAAACUCAGCGCAAAGCCAUUCAAGAAUUGCAGUUUGGAAAUGAAAGUCUCAGUGUGAAGCUGGAAGAACAGAUCAGUGAAAAUGAGGAUUUGAGGAACAAAAACAACGCAACAAGGAACUUGUGUAAUAUCCUCAAAGAUACCUUUCAGCGGUCAGCUGAGAAAAUGCAUUUAUUUGAAUCUGAAAGAGAAGAAACACAUCACCUCUUUAUGGAAAAUAGUGGGAGUAUUCAGAAACUGAUUGCAGCAUUUGAAAGCCUUCGUGUUCGCGCAGAAGCUGAUCAACAAGAGAUGCAGAAAGUCAAAGAGGACGUUCUGCAAUUUGAAGAUCUAAAAAGAAAAUAUGAUCAAGAAUAUAACAUGAAGGAGAAAGAGGUUGCAGAGCUUCAAACUAAAAUUAAGGAUAAGGAAAAUGAAUUGCAAAAACUCCUGCUUGACCUCAGUGAAACCCAGACGCACUGCAAAGAACUUCAAGAGGCAACAAAGGAACAAUAUGAACUUCUCAAAAGCUCAAAAAGUGAACAAGAUUCCCUUCUCCAGAAACUGCACACUGCAGAACAGCACUGUAAAGAAACUGAGAAAAAUUGUGAAGCUGUUGCUGCAUUACUGGAACAAAGUAAAGAAGAAUAUGCAGAGAUGAUUCAAAACAAAGACUUAAGUUUGCAGGAGCUCAGCAGAGUUACAAAUCAACAAGCAGCUAAGUUGGAGCAAAUUCAGACAACCUCUCAAGAGCUACAGAAUUCCCUCGCCUCAGAGAUACAUAGGGCCAAGGAACUUGAGGAUAAACUCACGGCAAGCAACAAGGAACUUGAAAUGAGAAACACACUUUUAGGAGAGAGCAUCGAACAGAGUGUAAAAAAAGAUGAGCAGAUCAAAAUCCUUGAAGAUGAACUGGACAAGACAUCUAAAUCUGUUGAGUCCAUGAAGGGUAAGAUUGACGUCACUGAAGUCAAAAUGGAGGAAGUCACAGCUGAGCUUUCAAGGAAAACAGAAGAAGUCCAGCAUUUUAAGAAUGAAGCUGAGAUUUCCUUUGCCAAAAAUGAUCUACUAAAGAAGGCUUGUGAAGCUGCUGAAAAGGCACUAGACGAUCAAACGGAGAAGUCUGCGGUGACAGAGAUCAAAGUGACAGAGUUAGAGGGACAAUUGUUUGCUGAAAUAAACAAAAAUAAAGAACACACCUCUCAGAUGGAGCAACUGAGGAACGACAUCAUGCAGCAUAAAUUAAAGUACAAAGAGUUAUUAUCCAACUUUAAUGAGCUACACUCGGAGAAGACAGCCAUUCAACAGCAGUUUGAGAAUGGAUCUUCUAAUGUGAAAUCCAUGGAGGCUACCAUAAAGGUGAGUGAGGAGAAGGCCGAGAAUAUCGCAAAAGAAAUUCAACGACUGGAAGAAGAAAACCAAUGUUUACGGGAGGAAGUAAACUCAAUGAAAACCAAAAGCCAAGGGAAAUGUCAGGAAACUGAGACUCUGCGGAAGAAAAUGCAAGAAAAUGUUGACCAUCUGCAGGAGGAAAUUGCAGAAAAAGAAAAGCAUAUCAAAGCCAUGGAAACAAAGCUGUGCAAUCUUCGGAAAAAAUGUGAAAUUAAACUUAAAGCCCAGGAGGAAUACCAGAAAGAGAAUAAAAUGCUUAAGAAACAAAUAGCAAAGGAGAAUGUGAAAUCCAGUCAACUUGAAACUGUGAUAAACCGUCUUCAUGAGGAGUCCCAGAAUCUUAAAAGACUGAACGAAGAAGACCAGCAGAAACUGCUUAAAGAGCUCGAGUCCAAAUCAACCUUUACAGCAGAGCUUGAAAAUGAGGUACAAAAGCUCAGAUUAACAACAGCAGAUGCCAUCAAGAAAAAGGACGACACAGAACUCAAGUGUCAACACAAGAUCGCCGACAUGGUUGCACUAAUGGAGAAACAUAAGAGCCAAUAUGACCGAAUGGUUGAAGAAAAGAUUGCAGAACUUGAUGAGAACAAGAAGAAAGAGAUGGAGGUUGUUGCCCAUAGGGAAUCACUGGAGUUGGAUCUCAUAAAGCACAAGAAAGAUAUUGAUCAUCUGAAGCAACAGCUGAAGACAGAAAUAACAGAGAAGGAAAAUAUGCAGAAGAAGCUGACAGACUUAAAGAAAGAAAUGUCAUCAAUAAAAACCACUCAUCUGUCAGAAGCAAGGAACAAGCAGUCACCUGCCUCAAACUGUAAACAAGGGAGAGGUGACGAGACUCCAAAAGAGAACUCUUCGAAGAGACACGUGUUUGACUUUUCUAAGGCCAGGAGAACUCCCUCCUACAGCAAUGAUAAUAGAAGUACCGCCGUUAAGAAGAAAGCUCUUAAGGUAUCUGACACUGAAUCCAUCAAAAAAUCCUGUGCAACAACACCUACGAACAAGGACGUUCAAAAUGAAGACCUGAAAACCCCAAGAAAUAUUACAAACAGGGUUGGCGGAACAACCAAGAUCAAAUCCUACAGAAUAAGGACACCUCCAUCUGCUGAAAAGGCAGCACGCUGGGGGGAGGGCCCCAUAGCUCUUGACCCCAAGUCUGACAGCUCUGAUCAAAACGAUCUCUUGACCUUUGCAAGUGCGCCCGUACCCAAUCUUUCCGCUCCAUAUGGCAAAUGCAACAUCUUCAGAAAGAUCCAGAGCCCUGGCAUUCAUAAAUCCCCAGGAAAUUCCUUGAAGUUAGCUGCAAUGAAAAGGAUGAGAGAUGCUGGUUGGACGGCUGUUACUGGCUGUGACAAAAAAAAGAAGACAACCAGUGAGAAGAUCUUUGCAUGAACAGGGCUGUUACAGGUCAGAUAAAUAGUAACAAUA